CAGUAGGCUUUCUUCUGAUGUCAGAGUCACAAAAUCACCAAUUAUGCAAAAUGGGAGAUCAAGCCCUGUGUUGCUUUGGGUACAAUCCUAUAGGGAACCUCCUAUUGAAUGUUCUGGUGGGAAUCAUAAGUGAGAUACCCACGCAGUAGAAUUUGCUCCCAGUAUCAGCUGCCAUGUAGAAGUAGACAAAUGUUAAGAUAGUUUACUGUUGUAGAAGAUAAGGCUCAACAAAACAAUUAUGGAUGUAGAUAUGUACAGCUUGUAGGCUUUUGCAGACCCAGAUAUAAACAGAUACCCACAAGUACAAAGUAUCUCUGCUGCUCUAAAUAAAUUCAGCAAUUCAAGACACAACACUGGACUAACAGACAGACUGCAGACUAACAGACUAUUUUGCUGACGUGCAUUAAUCACUGAUACAGUUGGGGUACUGGGCUGUUACCAUAGCAACCGUCUUGGAUGACCUUGCACCUGUGAUUAGCUAAUUCAUGGGAUGAUUUAUGCUCAUGAAGGAAAUUAACCCUUUCUCAUGUCCAGUUACUCCAGCAUGCUCUACCAAGGGAGGUUCCACCUGUAUUCCAGUUGACUGACUACUGCUUCGAAGGGUGCGAUCAACUUGUAUGCACUGUGUGGUGAUCGUGUCAAGAGAGUGGUUUUUAUUAAUUAUUUUAUAUUUUACUGAUUUGGUCAUAAGAAUAGAAUGCUUUAUUGUGUUGCAUAUGGUUGAAUUUUUAUAUGCCUUUUAUUAUUAUAUUGUAGGUUGCCUAGAGAUGACCAGUAUUAGAUGAUCAAGAAACAACACUCUGGCUUCGAUUCAGCUAUAGCAGUGGGUUUGGGGUAACCUGGUGCAUCCCUUCAAAGCAUUUAAAUGACGAAAUCAGCAGCCAUGCACCCUGGGCUUUUGAAGAUUGGUAGUGCCAGGUGUAAUCGCUGAGGAUCUGCAAAAUGGCGCUCCGCUUCCGCACCUUGCUGCCCUUUGCCAUCCCUGGAGUGCUGGCGCUCAUCGGGUGGUGGUGGUUUUCUUCACGCAAAAAGGAGCGUGCGAGCAAUCACGACAGGCGAGACUUGGCCAACAUAGAAGAACACAGGAUAGGCUCCCUCAAGAAAGAGCCUUCCGCUAGAGAAGGGGUGCCAUUGAACAGCCAGCCGCCCCUGCCCCCAGAAGCCAAGCAGCCUGCUGAACCAGCCUUUACUGUCGAGUCUUCGGCAAGCCUGCAGGCCCCUUUGGAAAGCAGCGCUCAGCGCUGGGACCCCCCAAGAGACCGGCCUGUCACGGCAAAAACAACCACUGAAUCCAACAGGGUUCAGGACGACAGUGAAAAACUGGAAGUGACGGGGUGCCGAGAUGUACCUAGAUCCCCCGCACAGGAGCCUUCCCUUCCGGGCGCUCAGAUAGCUGACGGUACCUGUGCUGGUGAAGCUUCUAUCGAGAGGCCACUGGCAGCCACUCGAGUGGCAGACCGGGUGCCAUCGCCAGUCUCGACGGCAGCAGCUCUGCUAGAGAAGUCUUCUAGUUUAGAGAAGUCUGGGGAUAGCGGUUUGGAGGAGGUGGUCCAGGAUGAUGCACCAGAGAAGCCUUUGAAAGAAGGCCUCUGUUCUGUAGCAGCCACCUCCUCAGAUGCGGGUUCUUUGGCUGCCCCAUGCUCCCAAGUGGCAGAUGAUGCUGUUUCUCAAUCCUCUGUGGAUGCCGCUGGAAAGGAAGAGAUUGGUGGUGGCUGCGCCGGUGCGGCAGCCACAGAGAUGGAAGCGGAGGCUAAAUGCGUCAAACCUGCUAGCGCAGAAUUGGCCCAGAAAGAAGAGACGUCCAGUUCGAACGCUGGUAGUACGUUGAAGCGCCAUGGAUUUGGAGAUGUUGGCUGUAAGGGGAGUUUGGAGAAAGCGAGGGUGGGAGGCAUCAGCUUAGACAAAGAAGAAGUCGAGAAGAUUGAGCAGGUUGCCAUACAUAUAAUUUCCAACGUCAUCCAGGCAGCCACCGAGGAAGUGCUUUCUGGGUCGGUCAGCGACAUGUCGGAUAGGAUCUCUCAGAUGGCCAGCCGGGUUGAGAAGAUCUCCAUGGCAGCUGCCGGCCAAGCAGAGUGCAGCAAGGGCCACGGCUGUGUCGCUGAGAAGGCAGCGGCCGUAGAGGUGACUCCCCUGCUGGAAGAGAACGUCAACCGCCACGCCAUGUACUCAAGCCACUUGACGCACGGCCUCUUGGGAAAUCCAAGCCACGGCCUCUCCAGGGACUCCAGAAGCGCUGAGCAGCCUGCCGGCGACCCAGCCGCAAACCAUGAGGAUGAGUUGGAAGAUGCUCAGACGAUGACAGAAGAUUCCGGCUGCAGCGCCUGCACCUCGGAAGACGGGGUGAGUGCAGAGGACCUCUUGAAAAGCACCUCCUCUCCCGCUUUGGGGCAGCGCCUGGAUUUGCUGAACAUGCCCGCGCUCAAAGACUCGGAACACAAGCUGGCGUCCAGCAAAAAGCCUCCCUCCUCCCCUACGCUAGCGGAGAACAAAGUGCCGUACAGCAACGGAGUGCUGAAGGAAGACUGCCCCCAUCGGAGGCACGACCAGCCGUGGUCGGCAGAAGCAGAUGCAGACAACUCGGGGGGUUCGGAUGUAAAUAGCAUGGAUUCAGUGGACAUUGGCUGUGCCCUCAGAAAUAAGGACAGCUGCCAGAAUUCAAAGACCGGAGCAGAUUCUAAUAAGACAGAGCUUGUUAUCUGGGAGAUAGAGGUACCAAAGCAUUUAGUCGGACGGCUGAUUGGGAAGCAGGGGAGGUACGUGAGCUUCUUGAAACAAACGUCCGGUGCCAAAAUCUACAUUUCCACACUACCUUACACCCAGGACUUCCAGAUCUGCCAUAUAGAAGGCUCUCAGCAAAACGUCGACAAAGCCCUGAGCCUGAUUGGCAAGAAGUUCAAGGACCUGAGCCUCACCAAUAUCUAUGCUCCACCACCUCCCCCGCUGCCAGUGCAUUCUCUCCCCAUGACCUCCUGGCUCAUGCUUCCAGAUGGGGUAACGGUGGAAGUGAUCGUGGUCAACCAAAUCAAUGCGGGACACUUGUUUGUGCAGCAGCACACGCACCCCACUUACCAUGUCCUCCGUAGUCUAGACCAACAGAUGUACCUGUGCUAUUCCCAGCCAGGUAUUCCCACCAUGCCGACACCGGUGGAGGUUGGUGUUGUCUGUGCUGCUCCAGGCAUGGAAGGGGCCUGGUGGCGAGCGCAAGUAAUUGGCUACUUCAAAGACACCACUGAAGUGGAGAUCAGAUACGUGGACUAUGGUGGAUACGAGAGAGUCAAGAUUGACACACUCAGGCAGAUCAGGUCUGACUUUGUAACACUACCUUUCCAAGGAGCAGAGGUCCUCUUGGACAACGUAGUGCCCCUUCCAGAUGACGAUCACUUUUCAUCUGAGGCGGACACAGCUGUUAGUGAAAUGACCAGAGGUACACCUUUGCUUGCACAGGUGACAAAUUAUGACAGUGCAACGGGCUUGCCCUUAAUACAGCUGUGGAGCAUGAUGGGAGAAGAGUUGGUGUCUAUAAACCGAACCUUGGUGGAAAGAGGGUUUGCGCAGUGGAUCGAAAGCUACUAGGAGAGUUCUUGGCUGUCUUCUUGACUAAUCUUUCCUCUCCCCAUCCCUACCUUAUCCCUUCCCCACACUCUUUUUUUGGCACUGUUUCGGAAUUGGGUUUGGCAAUCUUUCCUCCUCCCUGCCCCAGCAUAUGUCACUUCCGCUUUAAGUCUGUUUUGAUGUAUUCAUCCGACGGACACAGUUUAUUUAUCAUACCUCAUUUUGCAGAAAAGCAAGGAGUUGAACCAUAAGCCAUAAAAAUACUGCAGCUUUAAAACGCAGCUCUUUAUUCUGCCCCCCUCUACCCCACCCUGAUCUGGGUCCAAAAGCGAAAUUUAAACAAAACUU